AUGAUUGAGAACCAAAAAGAAAGCCUAUCUGAUGAAACGAGUAGCGAAUGCGUUGAGAUACCGUAUGAUGUUACACUGGAAAAUGUAUUGAGAAGAUGUGGAGAUUUGGGUCGUUAUCAAUUGAUUCACUAUAUCUUUUUGAAUUUUAUUGCUGCUGCAAGUGGCAUAAACGCCUUCUACUAUGUAUUUGGAGUUGCUGAGCCUCUGUUUCGAUGUCGUCUCCCAUCGAAUAUGUGGGCUGAUGACGAUCGAUUCGAAUCGAUUAAUAGCACUCAUCAACUUUUAAUCGAUACAUGUCAAUCACCGACAUCGAGAUGUCAAUUGGUGAAUGGAUCAAUAUGUACCGAAUUUAUCUAUGAUCGCAGUGUCUUUGGAAGAACAUUCACCGAGGAUGGUCAAUAUAUUUGUCAUAACGCAAUCAAAAGAACAUGGCUGUCAACCGUAUAUCAGAUUGGACCAUGCUUUGCAAUCAUUAGUGGAAUAAUCAGCGAUAAAAUAGGACGAAGAAAAGUGAUUCAAGUAUUAACAAUUGCAAUAUUCAUUAUUCCUGUCAUCAUUCAAUUACUUCUACAAGUUGUACCCAUGUCUAUGAAUAUGAAAUUUCCAUUGAUGCUAUUCAAUCAAUUUAUUUCAAGCAUUGAUCCAUUCGGCAUUAUCUUUAUCCUUCUCAUGGAGCUAGCAUCAUCUUCCCAUCGAACCCUUGCCGGUAAUUCUGCAUUGAUCAGUUACACAUUCGGUGAAAUUGUUAUUACUCUAUUUGCUUACAUUACUCGGAACUGGCUCACACUGAAAUGGCUUAAUAGCGCGUACUUUGCUCUACUUAUGUUCUAUCUUUAUUUUGUACCUGAAUCACCUUAUUGGUUGUUAAGUAUGAAGAAAUUUGAUAGACUCGAAGCUUGUCUGAGAAAAAUUGCAAAAACUAAUGGUCGUGCUGACAUUGAAUGGUUUUUUUAUUACGAGAAAUUGAUUCAAGAUCAUCGGGUCACAAUAUUGAUUAUAAAACCGUCGAAGAAAAAACGCAUUGCCAGUUUUGCACCUAAACUAUGCGUGUGUGGCCUUAUUGGAUUCGUUACUAUGCUUCUCUAUAUUAAAAUAUCCUAUGGAUUGGCUCUGAUGAAUAAUACUCUUAGUCCACAUUUAAGUAUUGUUAUUGGAGCUAUUGUCGAGGGUAUUGGAUAUUUAUCAGCCAAUUUUGCAAUGAUUACGCGAUUAGGAAGAAAGUAUGCUUUGAUAGUUUAUGCCUUGUUUACAUCAGGCUGUGUGAUAGUCAUGCCAUUCAUUCAAGAUCAUCAUCCCAUUGCAACUAUUGUCGUUUCACAGCUAGGGAAAUUGGCUAUAAGUGGUACUGUGUCAGUAUCGUGGAUUUAUGUUCCGGAACUGUUUCCAACAUCAAUGCGUGGUUUCAGUAAUGCCGUUUUGAUCUUUUUUGGUCGUUUUGGAGCCAUUCUAGCGCCUAUCAUUGAUGCUACCCUAGGCAAUCAAUAUUCGAAAAUUACUUUUUAUGUUUAUGCAGCAUUAACUCUCGUCAUCAUUGUUCUGGUCCUGUUCUUGCCAGAGACACGUAACCGAUUGUUUGAGGAUAUGGAAGAAAACUCGACUACAGAUCCAGUUACGAAUGAUAACAAAGAAAAUAAUCAUGAGAAUCCGACCAAAACAGAUGCUCAGUGA